UUCUCAUGAUGGCUGUUCAAGAGCAGCAGUAUCCGGAGAAUCUGGGUUUUCCUUUGUUCGGAUUGCAGGAAUGGAUGGAUUCCUGUUGUGGUGGUAGUGUUGGGUUUAAUGAUUUAUAUUUCAAUCCUCAACAGCAAGAACAGAUGCAGCAGUUACAGAAUCUCAAUAUACAGAGAAAUCAGACCUUGGGUUUCGAAAAUAGUCCGGUGGUUUCUUCUUCUUCCAAUGGUAAUCUUGUUUCAAUGGCUUUCUCAGAGUCUUUAGCUGCUCAGAUUGAUAAGCAAGCAUUGGAGAUUGAUCGUUUUAUUCUAUUACAGAAUGAGAGACUCAGAUCAGCUUUACAUGAACAAAGGAAGCAACAAAUGGCGACCCUUCUAAAAAAGAUGGAAUCAAAGGCGUUGAGCUUACUGAAAUGGAAGGAUGAAGACAUUGCAAGAGCGGCCAAAAGAACAAUAGAACUGGAAGAAUGCUUGAGAAAGGUAGAAAUGGAGAACCAAGCUUGGCGAAAAGUCGCUAAAGAGAACAAGGCCAUGGUUGUGGCUCUGAAUAAUACACUGGAACAAGUGAAAGAGAACGCUUGCUGCUUUCCUUCUGCCGAAGCAGAUGACGCAGAGUCUUUUUGCGAUGUCUCUCCGGAGCAUAACAGGGAAGAGAAAGGAAGAGAAGAAGCCAGAUACAAUGAAGAACAGGAACCAAUGAGAAAGAUGGCUUGUAAGGUCUGCAAUUCUCGAAGGUCGUGCGUCCUUUUCCUCCCUUGGACGAGGCAUCUGUGUUCGUGCAAGUCUUGCGAAGCCUUCCUCGAUUCUUGCCCUGUCUGCAAUUCUUUAAAAAAUGCAAGCAUGGAGGUCUUCUUGUUAUAGGAAAACAAAAAAGAACAUUAACAUAUUUUCCUUUCUUUCGUUCUUUCUUCUCAACUCGUCCUUUA